UAAGCGUCGUCAGAACAAAGUUACUUUUUAUAUUAUUGAUAAAUUUUAUAUUCGUUUCAAACAUGUAUUGGUUUAAAAGUACAGUAACUAUAUUCUUGAUUUCCUAUUGUGCUAUUGCAAAGUGUUCAAAAUUUCAUGGUUUUAAAACCCCCUGUAAAGAGACGUCUCCCGAGUGUUUGAAAAGUUCUCUCCAAGCUUUAAUUCCUGAAUUUGUUAAUGGUGUCCCGGAGUUGGGUAUCGGUAGUCUGGAUCCUUAUAAAAUAGACGAUGUUAAAUUGGAAUUACCGGGAGGAAUAAAAAUUGAUUUCAAAGAAGGUUACAGCAAAGGUCUUCGGAAAUGCACAGUUGAUUUUGUUAGACCGAUUGGGGACAAAUACGAAGUCGUAUUUCAUUGCAAUUUAGUCGUCAAAGGCAAAUACCGUUCUUCCGGUAAAUUAAUGAUGUUUCCUAUUGAUGGCCAGGGCAAUUCGACAAUUAUUUGCAAAAAUCUGAAAACCAGGUUCACGUUUAGACUGACGACUAUAAAGAAAGGAAAUGAGGAAUACGUUCAAAUGAAAGAUAUUGAUGUCCAACACACUUACGAGGGCCGGAUCGUUUACCACAUGACCGAUCUUUUCAAAGGCAAUGCUGAAAUAAGUAAAAUGGUGUUGGAUUUCAUGAAUCAAAAUUGGAAGCUUGUUGCCAAGGAGUUUGGUGGUCCUAUCAUCGACUAUGGAACGACCGCUAUACUGAAUAACGUCAAGAAAGUAUUGGACGAGGUUCCAGUUAAUCAACUACUAGAAAAAUAGUUGUUUUUUUUUUUUGUUUAACUCCCUACGUGAGAAAAUAUAUCUAGUUUAAAGCAAAUAGAAAAAUAUUUUGAUUAAUCCUGAUCCGCUGCUUAUGCAUCGUUACAAGAUAAUAAAAAAUUACAAAAG